UUUCUCAACUCUUUCCUACAACAGUCCGUUGAUCCAAAUGGAUAGACCAUACUCUGCCCUUUGAACGUCCACCUUGGCUCGAAAUGACUUCAACAAGACGAUCGCCUGAUUCUACUCUUUCAUAAUCAAUCCUCUUGCUCUCCACAACCAACUUGACAAGUCCUUGCUGUCACGAUGAUGCACCCUGCGCGCAGGGCGUACGUCGAGGACGAAGCCCAGGCGCCGUCGUCGUCUCAGAGCAAGAGCGCUGCCAUUAUUGAACACCCAACUGACCCAUAUGGUCCUUAACAGGAUCCUUCGACUGGCAUCGAUCUUGCCAAUAUCCCCGUCGAUCGCAAUUAUGACAUGCCCUCAGGUGCUGCUGGCGUUGCGCCGGAAAAGGCCUCAGCCAUUCUCUCCCAAUUCGAUCGAAAACGCCGUCUUGCUCAGAUUGCAGUCCCUACCGAUGACGGAAGAGUGCGAAGCCGGUUGCGGGAGAUGGGACAACCUAUCACACUUUUCGGGGAGGACUUGGCUGACCGCAGAGAUCGACUGCGACAGCUCAUGCUAGACGAAACCGAAGCACAAGACGGCUCUGUUCAAGAUGUGCAGAUGCAAGAUGCUGAAGACCAGGCCGACCAAGAAGAGGAGUUCUAUACUGAAGGCCUACCACAACUGCUUGAAGCCAGACGAGAGAUCGCAAAAUACUCGUUACCGAGAGCCCGAGACAGGAUCGAGCGCCAGAAACAGGACUCCUCAAUACCCUUGAGAACGCAUAUCAAGCAUCGGAAAGAAAUUAAGGAGAAGCUACAAGGCUUCGAGCUCUUCGGAACUCAGAUUGCCGGAGAACGUCCAGUCAGCAUUACUCGAUUCUCGCCCAAUGACGAGAUCAUCGCGGCUGGUAAUUGGGGCGGAGGUAUUAAAUUGCUUGAAAUUCCAACACUAAACGAAAAGACUACCCUGAGAGGCCACACUGGUAUUGUUGGAGGCAUCGCGUGGUAUCCUGGUGCCACCCUGGAUGGCUCAACCGUCUCUAGCGAAUCACUCAACAUUGCCAGUGGUGCAGGAGGCCAGGGCGGUGCAAGCGACAUUCAUUUCUGGAACUUGAACCAAGACACUCCCAUUUCGACUCUUCAGGGCCACACUGAUCGUGUAUGCCGAGUCGAAUUCCACCCUUCUGGCAAAUAUCUAGCAUCCGCGUCGUUUGAUACAACUUGGAGACUAUGGGACGUAGAAACAACCACAGAAUUGCUUCUACAGGAAGGCCAUUCUCGACAAGUCUUUACUGUCAGCUUCAAUUCAGAUGGGUCAUUACUUGCAAGUGGAGGUUUUGACAGUAUUGGACGCAUCUGGGAUUUGAGAACGGGAAGAACCGUCAUGAUUCUGGAUGGCCAUAUCAAGGAGAUUUUCAGCCUGGACUGGGGUGUUGACGGCUAUCGAGUCCUCUCUGGAUCAGGCGACGGCUUCGUCAAGUGCUGGGAUAUUCGACAAGUUCGAGCUGUGGGUUCCAUUGGUGCUCAUAGCGGAAACGUCUCUGAUUUGAGAUGGUUCAAAGGGGCUGAUGCCACUGCUUCUUCUUUGAUCGAAUCAAGCGGCGUCAAACAAGAAUACAACCCGCGCAAGGCCGGUACUUUCUUCGUCACAAGUGGUUUUGACAAGAAUGUGAACGUCUUCUCCGCGGACGACUGGUCUUUGACAAAACGUUUAAGUGGUCAUUCAGGCAAUGUCCUGAGUGUUGAUGUUAGCACAGACUCAAAAUGGAUCGCCAGCAGUGGCCAUGACCGCACCGUCAAGUUGUGGGGACGUGAUGAUGGACAAGGCAUCUAGGUCAUUGGCUGUCCGACUUUGCUUGAAGUCUCUGUUCCAUGACCGGGUGAAACACAAAGAAGGCGUCGAGUUAUAGACACAUUCUCGUCGUCGCGCUCAUAAAGCUGUUCCAGUUGGUCCAACAAUGCGACCUGUGGUAUCGACGCAGCAAUUUCCUAGCUCAACAAAGACCUUUAAUCUUUGUGAGCGGUACCUUUGAUCGCCAUACCUGAUCGCCAUUCUUUGUUCCUGGUCGGUCAGUCACUCUAGAUCAUCCAGGAAGUCAGGUUGACAUGCCCAUAAAAUAGACUCGACUAUAAAGGCAUCUGACCUUCUUCUUGACAUCCUCCUCAACUUGGAUCAAUCGCCUGCAAUAAAGUAUUCUGCUACCACUUGAAGACAACACCAACCAAAUGUGCGAUUGCGUCAACUAUUAUGUUGUCUACAGACAUUGCGGCCAUGCGUGUUGUAUCGACAUGAUCAUUUGUCACGAGCCCCACGAUUACCAUGUCCCCGAGAUCUGGUACAGCAUGGACUGGAACUGGUGCGUCAAUUGCUACCGUGUCAUCAGAACCGAGGAGCAUGAAUAGUUCCAUGCUAGGAACAUAUGGACAUGGUCAGUUGGAAAGUUCCAUGGUUCUAUGUCGUGGUAGGGAGAGAUAGAGGGUGGAAGUAAUGAUUCUUGGUAUGGGGGUCGAACAGUCAGUGUGUCGGCAAGCUCAUAUCCAUCAGUCAUUCGUACCAUAUCAUGUGUCCAUACGACUAUGUCAGAUGUAUGGAUAUGUUGGAGGAUCUGGCCGUGGAUAAGACCAGACAACACGUCAGGAUACAUCCCCUGAGUCAUGGUGGUGGCCUAGCUAUCAUCCAUCGUUAUCAUGAUUAUACAUACCUUUUCCCCAGAAAUAGAUAUUUCGACCCAGACACUCCAGACACAGAACCCCUU